AUGGAGCUGCCAAAGGACACGGUGACCACCUCGACGGACGCAAUGCUGCCGGUCUACGAGCGACGUACGGGGCGCAUCGGCAGUCUGCAUGAAUUUCAGCAGCGCGUCGCUCGGUACAGUCUCCAACCCACCAACGGCCACGACAACUUCGCCGCCUUGCUGAGGGACGAGAUCAAUACCUACAUUGACGUCGUCACUCCCGAUCGCCGUGAGAGUGACGGAUCCGACUUCGUGGAGGCCUUCAGAAAAUAUGGCGGCAGGAAAUCCGUCUCAGGUGUAUCACUCUUUGGGGGUGAGAGAAGUCGAGCUCUUGAUAAGCUCAGAUACUACCGUCGCCAACUCAAAGCGGUGAGCUUCUUGAUCCUCCUGGGUGUUAUCGGAGGGCCCUUGAACUACGGCAUUCGAGUGUUGUUCAAUUACCUCACGGAAUUGCGAGAAUAUCUCGUGAAUCAGUCUCCGACCUACGCGUCAAAACUCACAGUGUGGACAGUUCACACUGUCGUCUUCUCCGGUCUGGGAAUAUUCUUUACUCAACUCGCCCCCGUUGCUGCAGGCUCCGGUGUCUCACAAAUGAAAUCGAUUCUAACGGGCAUCGACCCACAGAUGUAUCUACCUGGAUAUUUCGACUCCUCGACGUUUCUCGCUAAAGUUGCUGGUUUGGUCUGCUCUGUUGGUGGAGGACUAAUUGUAGGCACGGAAGGCGCCUACGUCCACGUCAUGUCCAUCGUCACGCACCAUUUGCUCAAGACGCCUAUGUUUAAGGGGUUUUGUCUGCACCUUAACGGGAGACUUCAGUUACUGGCUGCGGCUUGUGCUGUGGGCGUGUCGUCGCUGUUUUCGUCACCAAUCGGUGGCGUUCUAUUCAGCAUGGAGGUCACAUCCACGUACUACCUCAUGUCCAACUACAUUAAAGCCUUCAUUAGCGCAGUGUCAGGAGCAGUCAUGUUACGGCUAACGCUGGUACUGGCAAAGAGUGAAUCCAACCUCGCAACGCAGGCGGUCUUGAAGACGCAGUUUCCCACUAGCCCGUUCACGAUCUGGGAAAUCCCCUUGUAUAUUUUGCUGGGCGCUGUACUGGGUCUGUUUUGCACUGCAAUGAUGUGGUUCUUGCGCAAAAUUGCUGAACGUAGGAGCGCAUUUCGACAAUCCUCCCAAAAGUGGAUGACAGUGCUCGUCACUUGGAUUGAUCCGCUGGCUGUGUCGAUAUUAACCGCAGUAUUAACCUUUGUACCUGGUGAGUACGCCCGGCACAACUCGAUGGACGACCUUGCGAUUUUGUUUACCGAAGGAGAACUCCCGUCGUCUUGGCACGUGAUAUCCAAGUACUACGCCCUCUCGAUCCUGUCCGCUGUCUUCAUGUUCCUGCUGCCAUUAUGCAUCACACUGAAGAUUCCUACUGGAAUUUGGGUGCCAACGUUCAUCGCAGGUGCUGCAUUCGGCCGCAUGUUUGGCGAGGUCGCCGCUACAGCGUUUCCUAGUCUGAACGUGAUUCCUGGUACGUACGCAUUGGCUGGUGCUGCAGCGUUUGGUACUGCAGCCACUCGAGCAGUCUCCGUGGCGGUCAUUACGCUCGAAAUCACAGCAGCGAUGUCCAUGAUCCUUCCGUUAUUUUGCGCAUCACUCGCGUCGAUGGCAGUCUCCAACCUCUUUAAAGAGAAAUCCGUCUACGACACGCUACUGAUCGUGAGUGGGAUGCCAUUCCUGCCUCUUGUGGACUUUGAACCAACUGGAACAGCAGGUGACGUCGUGGAGCCAUGCCUAGUGUACAUCACAAAGCGAACGUCGAUCGCUCGUAUCCUGCUCGCACUCCAACGACUGCCACACCACGAAAUCCCUGUGGUUGAUGAUGAAGUGUCGAUGAUCUUACUAGGAGUGGUAAGUGGCUCCCAGUUGCGAAGGUUUGUGCGGAAAUACUACGAGUUGAACGGCAUCAAUGAGGUUGACGUGGAUCUUGGCGAAAAGCCCCAGAGCGAUAAGCCUUUGCUAUCUUGGGCCACGCUAAAGGACAAACUGACGAGCACUCGAACCGACAACACUGGAGGCUUUAACGGCAUGGGCUCUAUAGAUAUCACAUACAACGCGCUGUCGACCCAGGAACACCAUUUGAUUGGAGCUGGAGGUGGCGCUGUCCCGUUCCUUAUGGAUGACUCCAAGAUGUUGGGGCUGCUAAAUGAAGGCUGGGGGAGCGACAAGGCCAAAAAGCUCAACACCAUUGUAAAAAUCACUGAAGGUCGAAUCUGUGUCAUCCGUCCCUUGGCCAUGACUGUCUCGAGUAACACGCUUCUGGACGACCUCCACAUGAUCUUCACGAUGCUGCGCUGCGACCAUUGCUUUGUAUGCGACCACGGAGCAUUAGAAGGUGUCGUCACCACCAAAGGACUGCUGCGUUCCGGCGAUUUCUCUGGUGACGCGUAA